AUGAAAUUCACACACAUCUCAGCCUUUACAAUUGCAGCCUUGGCCACCAGUGUCCAUGCCAUUUUGCCACAACCCAGCGAGACAAUCGACUCUGUUGAUCCAAGUCCAAGUCCAAGUCUAAAUAGCCAAAGUGUUCCACAAGCAACAAGUGGUCCGGAAUUUCCGAGUACUUCAACAACUCAAGGUCCUGGCGGCAGUCAAGGCGAUCAUUCAAACCAGACUCCUAGAGUUCGUCUAAAGUCUUAUGAUCUCAGUGGGCUUUUACGUAAUAUUCGAAAAAAACAUAAAUCUAAUCAUCAAAAAACCAAAACACAACCUCAGUAUAGACAUGUUGGCACUAUUGAUUUAUUCCUAGAAUCGCUUUUAAAUAUACCGCAACUUUCAGAAUUGGACUAUCAAGGUGGUGACUACGGACUCGCAGAUCACGUUGAAGAAAGUCCAAGACAGCAGCAACCUAUUGACUUAUUCUUGGAAUCAUUUUCAAGUAUACCGCAACUUUCAGAAUUGGGCCAUCAAGGUGGUGACUACGGACCUACGUAUCACGUUGAAGAAAAUUCAAGACAACAGCAACUUAUCGAAGUAAUAGCGAAAGGCAUUAAUGCUGAAACAUCAAAGUUUAAAAAACAUUUACUUUUGCUUUCCAUAUAUUUUGACAUGUACGAAGUAUGGGUCAAGAAUAUUCUAAAUUUCCUUGAUGUAUUUGAAGCCACUGGACUAGUAUCUGAGUUUAUCAACGGGCUUGGAAAGAUUUUUAAAGAAUUUCUGGAGAUUAUCCAUGUAGUUUAUGGAAGUAUUUAUCAAAUAGUUUUGCAUUUAAACAAGGAUUCAGGUUUGCUCGAAAAUGCAGUUAAAGCUAUGUUCGAUUUAGCUGACCAAUUUAUGAGCAGACAAAUGGAUGCACAACAGCUAUUCAAAGAGUUAUUUGAGCGUUAUUCUAAAAUUGACUGGUACCACAUGAAUUUGGGACUAGAAUUAGCUUUAUGGCUCCAAGAGUUAAAAAUGACAAUGCAAAUAUACAAUGAAUAA